AUGUUGUCGGAGUUUGUGUGCCAGCAAGAUCAUCUCUUCUCGACGAUUGCCUCCAUUCUUCCAAUCGUUACGCUCAGCGGGAAUUUCUUGGCUGGCCAUAUUUCCGAUCACUUUGGUCGUAAGUGGCUGAUGAUUGCUGGCAUCACGAUUGAGAUGUGCUGUGGAAUUGCUGAAUCGCUAGCCCCGAGGUUAGCGGCCGGCAAUCUUGGCUUGGAUUAA